AUGACAACAGCGGCGACCCGGGAGACAACCGCAGAAAGAACUGCAGUAACAGCCGAAUGUGAAGGCGGCUACACAUGGCCGGAGUUUGUGGAGGAAAUGGGGGAGAAGCUCAACGACAAGCGAUCCAUCAUCAUUGCUUCAUCCCCUGAUGUGGCGAAGUCGACCUGUUGCCGGGUUGAUUAUGUAUGCGCUAAAUUCACACCCGCAGAUGGCGACAAGGAUGACACUCCCCUCUCCGCUCUGCAGCACGCCCCACGUGCGACCUUCACCACGGCGGGGAACAUCGAGAAGGCACAGAAGUGUACCUCCGUCUACGGCCGCGUCCCGAUGCUCGUCGUACUCGACAUGGAGGAGGACCACUUCUUUGUGCUCGACCUCAACAGCAGCGCCACGACGGAGGCGGAGAUUGAGGCGUUCCUUCGCGGCGUGGUGCGCGGCAACGAGCCCAAAGCGCUGCAGGGCGCUGCGCCGCCCGCCGACGACCGAUUCGAGCCGACCCACGGCAUCACGCUCACGCACGGGCUCUGCGCUGUCACGUGCAGCAUAGCACGCCUCAAACGGCAGAGGCCCGGCGGUGCGAUCUGCGCGUUUUGGAGCGGCCGCUGUGUGAUGUGCCCUGCGAUACUGAUGCUGCUCGACCGCGUGGUGGGUCUCGUGUGGGAGGCUGCUGCGCGGCACGGCGCGGGGCCGCUCUUCACGUAUAUGGCCUGCAACGUCGACGACAACGAUCUGCCGGAGCAGGACUGGCCGGAUCCGCACCGGCAACUAGUGCCGUCGCUCGUGGCCUACACAGCGGACGGCAAGCGCAUCGUGUACAGUGGGAGGCGCACCGCUCCUCUGCUUGUUUCCUUUCUGUGUGAUAACUGCUUUCCGAGUGGACUGGAGAGCGCCGCACAGAUCAGGAGUGACGCUGUGACGCGCGCAGAGCAGCUGCAAGAAGGCAAUCCGUGCAGUGGCACCGCCGCCGUCUCUGCCGCCACUCCCGCGAAUGAGGCGCCAGACCGUAGCAAGGACGAGAAGGCCAAGAGGAAUGGUGACUCUUCCGAUAGGGCCGAGGAGACUGGGAGGAAAAGGCCGCGCUGCUAUGGGGGUGACCAAUAG